AUUAAUCUAACGGCCACGAAAGAAUUGUUCAAUCGAUCCCUAACUUGGUGGAUAUUAUCUUCUUCCACAUCCGCCUCUAGGGUUUCAAGUUCAACAUCUCAAUAACCUAAACAAAAACCCUUCCAUUCCCCCCCAACCCCAAUUUCUUUUAUGCGAUCUCAAUCUUUCCUUUCCUCGCAAACCCCACUAUUCCAAUUCAAUUACCCAAUCCAACAAGCAACAAAGUUCACUGCUUUAUUAAGUAUUUUUCUGUAAGUACCAUUUCUCUCUCUCUGUCUCUGUUUUGAUCUUAAAUCUAAUCUCUGGGUUCUCAUAUUCUGUUACUCAAGUUAUAGUUUCGAAGAUUUCUACUUUGUAGUUUAUUGAAUAAGAAUAUAAUUCGAUAGAGAGAGAGACACUUAACAGACAGAGAGAUAUUAUUUAUCCUUACAUGGGGAAAUCAGGUGGUAGAAAAAAGAAGGGUGGUUCGAACCAGGUUUCCGUUGAUAACCAUUCUAGUAACACUAGUGCACAUGCUAAUGGGGGUGUUGAUUUAGACUCUUCUAUAUUUUUGAAGAGAGCCAAUGAGCUCAAAGAAGAAGGCAAUAAGAAGUUUCAGAAUAAGGAUUAUGUGGCUGCUCUUCAACACUAUGAUGAUGCUCUUAAGCUUAUCCCCAAAACCAAUCCCGACCGGGCUGUCUUUCACAGCAACAGAGCUGCUUGCUUGAUGCAAAUGAAACCCAUUGAUUAUGACACUGUCAUUGCCGAAUGUACCAUGGCGCUUCAGGUUCAGCCUCGCUUUGUCCGAGCUCUCCUUAGGAGGGCAAGGGCUUUCGAGGCUAUUGGGAAGUAUGAAGUGGCGAUGCAGGAUGUGCAGUUUUUGUUGGGGACUGACCCCAAUAACAAGGAUGCUUUGGAGAUUGCAAGGAGACUGAGGACUGCUUUGGGUCCUCGCCAGGAGGCUCAGCAAGACCCCCAGAGCCGUCCCUCCCCAGCUGCACUUGGGGCUUCUGCUGUUCGUGGUGCCCCAAUUUCCGGCCUUGGGCCUUGCUUACCUGCUCGCCCGGUGCCUAAAAAAGCAUCAUCGCCUCCAGGCGGAUCAGUUGGAUCGCCAAAUAAUAAGCUGGAGAAGAUCCAAAGGAGUGCAGCAUCUGAAAAUGGACUGAACAAGGUCCAGUUUCCAAGAGUUGUGCUGAAGCCCUCAAGUGGUUCUUCGAAAGCAGUUGAUAAUCUGAAAAAGGGUGGCCCGAGAGGACAGUUAGUUUCAUCUUCUGUUAAUGGGAAGGUUCAGCAGGCAGCAAUUCAAUGGAGGCCUUUGAAACUUGUUUACGAUCAUGACAUAAGGCUUUCCGAAAUGCCAGUUAAUUGUAGCUUCAAAGUGUUGAGAGAGAUUGUGAGCAAACGUUUUCCUUCAUCCAAUUCAGUGUUGAUCAAAUAUAAGGAUAGUGAUGGAGAUUUGAUUACUAUUACCUGCACGACAGAACUCAGGUUGGCGGAGUCUUAUGUAGAUGCUCUUAUUCCUUCGGAACCAGAAGCAGAUAAAACUGGUGGAUUUGGGAUGUUGAGAUUGCACAUUGUUGAGGUGAGUCCAGAGCAGGAGCCACCAUUACCAGAAGAGGAGGAAAAGCUUUUGGAGAGUGAAGGAGCCAAGGUUGAUGAAAUCAGGUAUCACUCAUCUCUUGGUGAUAGCGUGUCAGAAGGUGUUGAUACUGAGAUUGAAACGACAGAGAAAGAAGCUUCAAAGGAAAACGUAGGGGCUUCAGAAGAUCCGGAGUGCAAGGCAGUGGAGAUGGAUGAUUGGCUUUUUGAGUUUGCUCAUCUUUUCCGCACCCAUGUAGGUAUUGACCCUGAUGCUCAUAUCGACUUGCAUGAGCUUGGAAUGGAGCUCUGUUCGGAGGCUCUUGAGGAGACUGUUACUAGUGAAGAGGCUCAAAACCUCUUUGACAAAGCUGCUGCCAAAUUCCAAGAGGUAGUUGCCUUAGCCUUCUUUAAUUGGGGAAAUAUUCAUAUGUGUGCUGCAAGGAAACGAAUUCCUCUAGAAGAGUCAACUGGCAAGGAGGUAGUGUCAGCACAACUUCAAGUGGCUUAUGACUGGGUUAGGGAAAAGUAUUCUUUGGCCAGGGAGAAGUAUGCUGAAGCACUCUUAAUCAAGCCGGACUUUUAUGAAGGGCUGCUGGCACUGGGACAGCAGCAAUUUGAAAUGGCCAAACUUAACUGGUCUUUUGCACUUGCAAAGAAACUAGAUCUCUCAAGCUGGGAUCCUGCUGAGACAUUUCAACUUUUUGACAGUGCUGAAGAGAAGAUGAAAGCAGCUACAGAAAUGUGGGAGAAGUUGGAGGAGCAGAGAGCAAAUGAGUUGAAAGAUCCAAAUUCGAUCAAGAAGGAUGAUUUGUCAAAGAGGAGGAAGAAAUUGGGAACUGCUGCAGAAAGUGAGCUCCCAGGAAGUCAGGGUGAACUUUCACCCAAGGAAGCAGCCGAACAAGCAGCUGUGAUGAGAUCACAGAUACAUCUUUUCUGGGGCAACAUGCUCUUUGAACGAUCUCAAGUUGAGUGCAAAUUAGGAAUGGAUGGUUGGAAAAGAAAUCUAGAUACCGCCGUUGAGCGAUUCAAGCUUGCUGGAGCUUCUGAAUCUGACAUUUCUGCAGUCUUGAAUAAUCAUUGCUCAAAUGGAGAUGCCAUCGAAGGAGAUGAAAAGAAAGGUGUGGGUGAAGCCAAGAGCAGUGAGAUCAGUCAAACAUCUGAAGAGUGAUACGAUAGAGUUGAUAUUUUCCAUCUCUUCGAUGCUUUUGUUAAUGGGAGCGCGUUUGAGAUUUUCCCUUUCAAAUGGGAUAUUUGAGUCCAAUAUUGAGGUGUGGUGUACCUGAAAGAUUUUGGGUUUUAAGGUUUUUGUUUUAAUCUUUAAAUUAACCCUUUUUUGGGUUAUAAAUAAAACACUAUUUGGAUACUAUUGAGGUUUCCACCUAUGCAACUUUAUGUGAAGAGUUCAUGAAUUUGGCAUGAAUGAAAUACAAGGUUCUCUUCAUAUUCAUUUA